GCUGACCCAAAAAAGAGCCUGUUUUCCCACAUGAAAACUAGUAAGCUUUUUCUACUUCUUUGUCCGCAAUUACAAUUUGAACCCUCUCUCUCUCUCUCUCUCUCUCUCUCUAUAUAUAUAUAUAUAUAUAUCAUCUUUUUCAAACUCCAUUUAUCAACUUGUUCUGUAUUUUCCUCUUCAAAAGUCUAUAUCUAUCAAUCUUGUCUGUGACAAAAGCAAUAUAAGCUUUCAAUGUGGUGUGCUGGUGUUGUGCUUAUGCAUGAAAGGAAGUCUUUUUUUGAAAUGGGUUUGGUGUCAAUCUACAUAAUUGAACUUGUUCUGUUGCUAAUUACACUGAUAAGCUUCAAACUUGUUCAUGGAGGAAUUCCUACCACUCUUGAUGGACCCUUUAAGCCUGUGACUGUCCCUCUUGAUGAGAGCUUCCGAGGCAAUGCCACUGACUUGCCAGAUGCCGAUCCUCGGGUUCAAAAACCGGUUGAUGAUAGCCAGCCUGAGCAAAUCUCUGUCUCUCUUUCUGCAACAUAUGGUUCUGUAUGGAUAUCUUGGAUUACAGGGCAAUUUCAAAUUGGUGACAAUAUAAAUCCAUUGGAUCCUAGUUCUAUACAGAGUGUUGUUUUUUAUGGAGUUUAUGGAAAUCCACUCACUCUCCAAGCAACUGGACAUUCUCUUGUUUACAAUCAGCUUUACCCUUUUGAAGGCCUUCAAAACUACACUUCCGGAAUUAUACACCAUGUUCGUCUCACCGGAUUGAAACCCAACACACUAUAUCAGUACCAAUGUGGAGAUCCAUCUAUACCAGCAAUGAGCAAGCUAUACUAUUUCAAGACAAUGCCGGUUUCAGGGCCAAAGAGUUAUCCAAGCAGAAUAGCAGUGGUUGGUGAUCUGGGUCUUACAUACAAUACAACUUCAACCAUUGAUCACAUGAUAAGCAACCAUCCUGAUCUUGUCCUUCUGGUUGGUGAUAUCUGUUAUGCAGACCUCUAUCUCACAAAUGGAACCGGCUCUAACUGCUAUUCUUGCACGUUUUCACAAACACCUAUUCACGAAACUUAUCAGCCUCGCUGGGAUUAUUGGGGAAGGUACAUGCAGCCAUUAGUUUCCAAAGUUCCAAUCAUGGCGAUAGAAGGGAACCAUGAAAUUGAACCACAGGCGGAAAACCAAACAUUUGUUGCUUACAGUUCUCGAUUUGCAUUCCCCUCGAAAAAGAGUAGAUCAUCAUCAACAUUCUACUACUCUUUCAAUGCAGGAGGCAUUCAUUUCAUAAUGCUUGGUGCAUACAUAGCCUAUAGCAAAACAUCCGACCAGCACAAGUGGCUGGAGAGAGACUUGGCUAACGUCAACAGAGAAGUGACUCCAUGGUUGGUAGCUACAUGGCACCCUCCUUGGUACAGCACCUAUAAAGCACAUUACAGAGAAGCAGAGUGCAUGAGAGUGGCCAUGGAAGAUUUACUGUACAAGUACCGCGUAGACAUUGUCUUCAAUGGACAUGUUCAUGCCUAUGAAAGGUCAAAUAGAGUGUUUAACUACACUUUGGAUCCUUGUGGCCCACUUCAUAUUGUUGUUGGAGAUGGCGGAAACCGGGAAGAGAUAGCAAUUGAACAUGCUGAUGAUCCUGGAAACUGUCCAGAACCAUCAUCAACACCAGAUAGUUAUAUGGGUGGCUUCUGUGCCUUUAAUUUUACAUCAGGCCCUGCUGUAGGAAAAUUCUGUUGGGACCAGCAGCCUGAGUAUAGUGCAUUGAGAGAAAGCAGCUUUGGCCAUGGGAUUCUAGAGAUGAAAAAUGAGACCCAUGCUCUAUGGACUUGGCAUCGCAAUAAAGACUUAUACAAAGUAGCUGGAGAUCAAAUUUACAUUGUUAGACAGCCUGAAAAGUGUCCAGUUGAGGCAGAGGUAACAUUUUAGAGUACAGACCAAAUGAAGACAACAAAAUAAGACAGAGACAAAAGAAAAACAGAAUCUUGACCACACUUUUCAAAUCUCGUAUAGUUAUUUUCCCGAUAUCAGCUAAAUCUGGGAAUUUUACAAAAUGUUUUUUUUACUCCUUUUGAGAUAAGUAGUCAAUUUGAUAGAAUAAGAAUUUGGCUUGCGACUGGUACGGUACUAUUUGGGCGAUAAUCCAUCAUAUCCUACUUUUUUUCUAAGCCAGUAUAUAUAUAUAUAUAUAUAUAUUCUACUUUCAUUUCGACGUUCAAAAAAGUGACUCAUUGGAUUGUACCUUAAAAGAUGAAAUAAAAUA